AUGUGCCCUCUGGCGCUUUUUUGCUUAAGCAAGAUUAUUCAUUCCCUUUCGAGGAAAAUGCCCAUAAUAAAGACUUUAGCUCAACGUCCUCUUAUGAAAUCCAACAAGGGAAAUAGGAAAAGAACCUCUAGUCCCCCGCCUGAAAGAGCCACGAGUCCCUCACCUGAUAAACCAAAUAAAAACUUAUCUAGAGACCUCAAAAGGCAGUUGCGGUAUGAAGAGUUAAAGCAUUGGCUGCAGAUAAGUCAGGAAACCGUUGGCGCUAGACGGAGGGCCAUUCAUGAAAGGAGAGUUGCAAACUUACUCUGCAUUCUUAAUAGGUCAUUUCAGCUUGGAGAUUUGGCACUCCUCGCAGAAACCGUCGUACUGAUAUGA